GCAGGAUGCCCCUCCUCAGAUGGCGACAGUCACCUGUGUGGCCAGGAACACAGCUCCCUGCUCCUCCAGCCAGUCGCACAUCCUUUCUCAUUUCCACGGUCCCAGGCUCAGGUACCCUCAGAGGGAAGGGCUUCAGAGGGAGGGGCUAGCAGCCUAGGCUGCUCAGGGCUGGGCUGGGUAGGGCUCAGGUGGUUUGGCUCUCCACAGCUCUCCACAUAAAGGGACCAGCACUUCACCCUUCAUCAGGAUCCUCUACAGGGGAGCUCCGAGUGUCCACUGGAAGGGAACUAUCAGCUCCUGGCAUCUGUAAGGAUGCUGUCUAUGCUGAGGACAAUGACCAGACUCUGCUUCCUGUUAUUCUUCUCUGUGGCCACCAGUGGGUGCAGUGCAGCAGCAGCCUCUUCUCUUGAGAUGCUCUCGAGGGAAUUCGAAACCUGUGCCUUCUCCUUUUCUUCCCUGCCUAGAAGCUGCAAAGAAAUCAAGGAACGCUGCCAUAGUGCAGGUGAUGGCCUGUAUUUUCUCUGCACCAAGAAUGGUGUUGUCUACCAGACCUUCUGUGACAUGACCUCUGGGGGUGGCGGCUGGACCCUGGUGGCCAGCGUGCAUGAGAAUGACAUGCAUGGGAAGUGCACGGUGGGCGAUCGCUGGUCCAGUCAGCAGGGCAACAAAGCAGACUACCCAGAGGGGGAUGGCAACUGGGCCAACUACAACACCUUUGGAUCUGCAGAGGCGGCCACGAGUGAUGACUACAAGAACCCUGGCUACUACGACAUCCAGGCCAAGGACCUGGGCAUCUGGCAUGUGCCCAACAAGUCCCCCAUGCAGCAUUGGAGAAACAGCGCCCUGCUGAGGUACCGCACCAACACUGGCUUCCUCCAGAGACUGGGACAUAAUCUGUUUGGCAUCUACCAGAAAUACCCAGUGAAAUACAGAUCAGGGAAAUGUUGGAAUGACAAUGGCCCAGCCAUACCUGUGGUCUAUGACUUUGGUGACGCUAAGAAGACUGCAUCUUAUUACUCACCGUAUGGUCAACGGGAAUUUGUUGCAGGAUUCGUUCAGUUCCGGGUGUUUAAUAACGAGAGAGCAGCCAAUGCCCUUUGUGCUGGGAUAAGAGUUACUGGCUGUAACACUGAGCAUGUGAGUUUUUGGGGAGAUCAAUGGCCCACGUGUGGGGAAAAGAAAGAGAGAUCAGAUUGUUACUGUGUCUAUGUAGAAAAGGAAGACAUAAGAAACUCCAUUUUAAUCUGUACUAAGAAAAAUUGUUUCUGCUUUGAGAUGCUGUUAACCUGUAACUUUAGCCCCAACUCUGUGCUCACAGAAACAUGUGCUGUAAUGAAUCAAAGUUUAAUGGAUUUAGGGCUGUGCAGGAUGUGCCUUGUUAACAAUAUGUUUGCAGGCAGUAUGCUUGGUAAAAGUCAUCGCCAUUCUCCAUUCUUGAUAAACCAGGGACACAAUGCACUGCGGAAAGCCGCAGGGACCUCUGCCCGAGAAAGCCUGGGUAUUGUCCAAGGUUUUCCCCCACUGAGACAGCCUGAGAUAUGGCCUCAUGGGAAAGGAAAGACCUUACCAUCCCCCAGCCUGACACCCGUAAAGGGUCUGUGCUGAGGAGGAGUAGUGGAAGAGGAAGGCCUCUUUGCAGUUGAGGGAAGAGGAAGGCUUCUGUCUCCUGCUCAUCCCUGGGACUGGAAUGUCUGGGUGUAAAGCUGACCACUCCCAUUCAUUCUAUUCUGAGAUAGGAGAAAACCGCCCUGUGG